AUGGACUUCUCGGCUCCCUCAUUCUCGCUGGGUUUCGACUGGGACGACGACGAUGACCCCCCGGCCGGGAGCGACCGGCGCGAGCAGCCGCGCGGGUACGAGGCCCCCGACCCGCCGUCGUUCUCGUUAGGGAUCGACGACGUCGUCGUGGAGGAGCCCCGCAUUCGGGCGGGCGACCGCCAGAAGGGGCACGCGCGGGGGUCCACGGCGCCCGAUCCGCCGUCGUUCUCGCUGGGCUUCGACGACGACGUCGUGGACGAGCCCCGCAUUCGGGCGGGUGGCCGCCGGAAGGAGCACGCCCGGGGGUACACGGCGCCCGACCCGCCGUCGUUCUCGCUGGGCUUCGACGACGACGUCGUGGAGGAGCCCCGCAUUCGGGCGGGUGGCCGCCAGAAGGAGCACGCUCGGGGGUACACGGCGCCCGAUCCGCCGUCGUUCUCGCUGGGCUUCGACGACGAAGACGGCGAUGGUGACAUACUCGCUGCGGACCAGCGCCGCGAGCAGGCCCGGCCCCCGGUGGCGCCCGGAGCUCCCUCUUCGACCGGCGCUGCAGAUGAUGAUGAUAAGGAGGAUGGCUUCGUCCUCGCCGGUGGCAGGCGGCCGGUCCGAGUGGAGCGUCACAGGCUAGACCCAGAUCCCCUGCCGCCGCCGCGGCCGGAGACCAAUCGGUUCGCGGCGCCCGAUCCGCCGUCGUUCUCACUGGGCUUCGAUGACGAAGACAGCUACGGUGACAUCCUCGCUGCCGACCAGCGCCGCGAGCAGGCGCGGCCGCAGGCGGUGCUCGGAGCUCCCUCUUCGACCGGCACUGAAGAUGACGAUGAUAAGGAGGAUGACUUCGUCCUCGCUGGUGGCAAGCGGCCGGUCCGGGUGGAUCACGACACGAUAGACACGGAUCCCCUGCCACCGCCGGCGGAGACCAAUCGGUUCAAGCGGCUGCGGAGGGGACCUGCUCUAGCCCAUCCGGCGCCAACUCCCCAGGUGCUGCACUGUGAGGCGCCGUCUUCCUCCCUUAUAAUCAGCGACGACGACGACGACAACUCCCUAGCUGGCGGCCAGCACCACGAGCAACCGAAGACACAGGCCGCACCUCAGGUCCCCUCGUUGCUCAGUAUCGAAGAUGAGGACGGCGACUUCUUCCUCGCUGGUGACCGACAGCCAGAGCCAACACUGCCUGAAGUGACUCAACUCAAGAGGCUGCGGAAGGGCCCUGCGUCACCACAUCUGGCGCCAUCACCGCCUCCUCUGAAAGUGCCAGGACAACCCACGGUGGAAGCCUCUCCAGUAAUGAGUGAAAAUGCAGCAAGAGCGGCGGUUGGGAGUUGGGAAGACGAGAUCGAGGAUUGGACAACAGACGAGGACCGACCAGUUCGAGAUGUGCCACCAUCUGUUGGUAGUUGCAGCACUUCCAGCAACUCAAAAUUCUCUCUGCUUAAUCAUGGUGUCCUUAUGACUCAGUCAGCAACCAAAGCAAAUAGAUCAAAAUUUACACAAACACCAAAUACUUCUGCUUCAAUAUCUUUGGAAGAAAGCUGCACAAAGAAACUACUUCCUAAGAUAACAGUAAGCCCGAUGAGGAAAAUCUAUUUGCUUGAUUCUGACACUGAUGCAGACGAUGACCACAAUCAAAAUAAAGCAAAGACUCUGCAGCAAAACACGAAGCCCCAAGGGAGAAGUACUGUGCUGAAGAGUGCAGCUACGAUGAAUGACAAUUGGGCAACACCUGCCUUGGACGAGUUCUGCAAUGAAUACUUCAAAUCUCCAAAAGAUGCAGGGUUUUCUCAGCAGAAAGAAGGCAACACUUCUCAACCUAAGAACUCUGGGCAUUUCCAGCAACAAAUGCCUUCAAGUGGAGCUGAACUAGAUGAUGGUCCUCCUGCUAUGCAUUAUCUGUUCCACCCUGACCCAAGGGUGGGUAAUUUAUUCCGGAACAGGCUGCAACAUUUUGUUCCCAUUGGGGCAGGAAGUACCAGAGGAAAUGAGCAAAACAGAGCAGAAAGUCUCAGAAGGAGGUUCAGUUCAAGUGCAGCUGCUAACGAUGACUGGGUGACUCCUGGGAGAAUCUCAGUUCCAACUGAUGCUAGCAAAAGAAGGGUGCAUGCCAGUGGAUCCCAUUCGGGCUCUGGCCAUUGGUUUACUGAUGACAGUGGGAGGAAGGUUUAUGUCUCAAAAAAUGGGCAAGAGUUGACUGGCCGCAAUGCCUAUCGACAAUAUCGAAAGGAAAGUGGCAGGGGAUUCGGUAGGUACAAGAAGAAAGGUUCAUCUGGAACCAAACGUGGUGCUGCUAAAGUGAAAACCGAAACUGUGGCCAAACGAGGCACGAGUAGGGCAAAAAGGAAGCGGUGA